CCACAAGGCAUUAGAAAAUAGAAUGUGUUGCAAAUAAUAAAAUCAUGAAAAAUACAUAUAAAAUUGCAGAAAUGAAUAGCUUCUAUUUACAAAAAUUAAUUCAAAUAAUUAAUAAUGUAUAAUCAAAAUAAUAAUUAUCAUCAAACCAACCAUUCUAAAGUGAAUCCAGGUGGAUUCAUUGCACCAAAUUCAAUAAGUCCAGCGGGAGGAUUUAUAGAUCCAAAUACAACAAGUCCUGGUGGAUUUCGAGUACCAACUCAUUUUAAUAAUGAUAAACAUAGGAAUUCCCUAAGUCAAUAUCCUCCAGUUAGUACAAUUUAUCACCCACUAUCUGAAGAUAAUCGAAGGGAUUCAAUUUCGAUUAAAAAACAUAAUAAUCAUGUAGAUAACAAUAAUAGCAUUAAUAAUAAUUUCGUUCAAUCUCCUAUUAAUAUUCCACCUUAUUCAUCAUAUCAUCCUUCGAAUAAUAAUAAUGGUUAUCCGUUUCCUACUGAUUUCUCAACGAAUAAUUCCGAUAGUUAUCCAAUUUAUUUAGGAAAUAAUACUAGUUAUCCUCCAUCACAAAAACAAACAUACGAUCAAAUAACAAAUCCUGCGGAUUUACAACGAAGAUUUUAUGGUACUUGUAAAGCAUGUGGUAUACCUAAUUCUGAUUUUGCAGAAUGUUCUUCUUGUAAAAAUUGGAUAUUACAAAUGGAAACGAUGAUAAAAGCAAGAAAAUCUUUGAUAGAUCAACAAUUGUGCACUAAAUGUAAAUUUGCAAUGCAUGUUCAUAGUCAAAUUGCUGCUUGUGCCAAAUGUGGAUUUCCCAAAUCUUGUUUAGAGGAAUUAAAUAAAAUUGCUGUUAGGAAAGAAAAUGAAAAUGACAAUGAUAAUAAUAACAGUAAUAAUAGUACCGAUAAAAAGAUUGGUUUGUCUUGUGGAAAUUGUAAUAAUCCGUUGGCAAAUUAUUUAAAAUGUCCUACUUUUACUGAAAUUGCUCAAAGAAUGAGAAAAGAGAGAGAAUGUUUACCUUACGAAGAUCCUAAUUUCGCUAAGUUAUCCAAAAUAAUUAAGCAUUAUUCUGAUCUUGCGAAACAAGAAUCCUGAUCUGCGAAUGGAA